AACUUGUACUUAUCCUCCAUGUCGAAGCGAAAGCUUGCGCUUCACCCGAGCGCGCUGUCGGAAAGCGAGUAUGACUUCUAUACUGCUGCCCUGAACUCGUUUCUCUCCCCCGAGGAGGCGAAUGACGACGAUCUCGACUACACGUCGGUUCGCAUCUCGACGCGCGAAGUGCGCGCCUGGUUACGCGGACGAUACUCGCCACCAGUGCCCGGACAGACCAUCGACGAGAUUCUCUCACUAGUUUCCAAUGGCGCGUCGCUCGAUGGGCAGUUGUCGGGGGGAGAGUUUUUCGCGGCUGUGCGCCUCGUUGUACAUAUCACCAACGGCAAGAGUUCAGGGGGAGAGAUGGAAUGGCGCGCACUUGCAUUCACACAAGCGGAUCCGAAUCCCAACUCGAACGCGGCGGUGAGCCCCGCGCCACCAACGCCUGGAUUGUUGAGAAGCAAGACCACGACUACGCCCUCCAAGACGUCGCCUCGUGGAAACAAACUAUCUCAUAAUCCUUUCUCUGGGGCCGCUAGCAAACCCCCUGUUCAUCCACUCAAUCGAUCGUCCUCCCUCAGUCGAACCCACACCCCUUCAUCUUCCGUAGAUGACAGUGCGGACUCCCCUACACCCACACCCGCUCAGCAUGCCUCACACAACCCCUUCUUCCAUCCGACCACCGCCUUGCAAACACCACCCUUCAGCUCGUCGAAAUCUGACGGCGCCAGCCAUGCGACCGUGCGCGAUAGGAGCAAGCUACCGCCCCUUCCGCCGCGCAAGCCGGCAACUCUGCGGACGAACUCCGCAUUGAGCGCGCCUCAUCAGACGUCACCCCUGAUCCUGCAGUCGCUAAUAGCUUCCAAGACCGCGCAGACGCUGAAGAAGGCCGAGCAGGAGCGCGGGCGGGAGCGGGUAUUCGUUCCCGUGCAAUCCUCGUCAUCUGCACCCUUCUCGUCGCUUCGGACAACAAGCCCAUCGAAGAUGCACUCCUCUGCAUCGUCCGCGUCCUCCGUCUCGAGCUCUUCCGCAUCGCAGCCUCAUCCACCGAAGCUGCCACGACGACCAGCACCGCCCCCGAAGGACAAGACCCAGAGGCGUCCGCCAAGCCCGCCGAUCAGCACGACGUCGAUGAGGGAAGUAGCGAUGGCAGGAUAUGUGCCGCCGUCCGACGAGCAUGAUCGUUCAGCGAGCAGCUCUCCAACGCGCCGCCCUCCUCCGCCGCCUAAGCACCCAUUGCGUAAUAAGCCACCGUCACCGCCGACACCCGACACGGAGUACGACUCCGUCCCAUCCACGCCCACUGGCCGUCACACCCUUCAUCGCCCUUCCCGCUCGCAGUCCCUCAUCCAGCCGUCCACUCCCACCGAAGGCGUGCCACCCCGCAAGAAACGCCCUGAGAGCGUGCAGGUGCUGCCAUCUCCUGCCGGUCCCAUCACGAAUCCCUUCCCAACUUCCUCCGCCACCUCGCCCUUCAAUAAUCCCCUCGGACGUCACUUCACGCUCACCUCCCCGCACAAACGCGCUGCGAGCAUCGGGCUGCACGGUGCGGAGGCGCUCAAGAAGGAGGCGACGUCACUGCGUUACAAGGCGGAGGCGGGCCUGCGCCCAGGCCGCGGCUACGUCCGGCACGACGUCGACCUCGGCGUCGACAAGAUGACGGACCCCGAGGAGUGGCAGCGCGAGCAGGAAGAGGAGGAGCGCCUGCUGAUGCGGAGGCGGGUGAGCGAGAGCCCCCUGCCCUCGCCGAGUCCCGCGGAUAGCGAGUUUGGGGAGUCACCCUUCCACGACAGGUGGGCCGGGCGCCGUCGGGAGAGCACGAGCAGCGGGGAGGGUCCUGACAUUGAUCUCACUCCGCGGCGGGACGGGGAAGGCUGGAGGCGGUUGUGAGGUUCACGAGCUGCCGAUGAGGUCUCCGGGCCGUUGGGAAGCACCAUACAAGAUGAACAAUACUCAUUGCAUCUACUAAUCGUUACUUAGAUUAUCUUAGUUAUCGCCUGUGUGCUGCAGCGCCGCAAGUUCGACUUCGAGAUGUAACAUAUAGGCAUUGACUGCCGCUGUAAGUAGAUAUACAGAUGCACCCUACGGUUGCUGCUAGUCAUUAUGUGCGCGAGCAGUAUGCCAAUAAGCUAGCUUUUGUGGCACCCCAGCCUAGCUGCCUGAAGCUCAUCACGAUGUGUGAAUGCAAGCGAGGUGCGCGUUGAUACUAGAGUAUUCCGCAGGACGUGUCCUUGAAGGCUCACGCCGUCAUUGCGAGGUCCAGGCCAGGACAGUUUC